AUGUAUGGGCAUGGUAGAGGUCAUGACAAACCUCGUCGAGAUGGUCGGGGUAUUCUAGCUCAACCAAAGAUCCUUCCUCAAGAAGAAGGAAUGGGUCAAAAUAAUGUGGCUGCUCCACCGGCCCAAGAUGCUAUGAGAGUGUUGGCUCGAGAGAUGGCAGGGGCUCUUAGGGAGUCAAUUGAUAUUCUUAGAGCUAAGCAAGAAGCUAGGACUAUCGAAGGGGAGACUAGGGUUUCAUUCCUGAAGAAAGAAUUGUUCCGCUCAAAUCCUGUCGAAUUUCUUGGGGACGCCGAACCAUUGAAGGUAGAUGAAUGGCUUGAGCAAAUCACCAAAUAUUUUGAGAUUUUAGACAUUCGUGAGAGUGAACUUUGGGUGGCACUCGCCAGUUAUCAAUUGAAGGGAGAUGCUGGUCAAUGGUGGAAAUAUGCCAAGGGUCGAAUUGAACACGCUUGGGAGGCAUUUUCUCAUGCCUUUCAGGAGAAAUACCUUCCUCCUACUAUAAGGAAAAUUUUAAGGAGGAUUAAUGAUAGACUAGUGAAGUUCGCAGCUUAUGUUGAGAUCAUACUUGAAGGUGAAGAGAAGAGGCGACGACUUAAGAGACAAGGAUUUUCCGAAUCUCGGAGGAGUUCUACAGCAUCCAAAAAGUUGAAGGGUUCUACGUCUUCUUAUCUACUACCAUUACUGCCAGUGUCAUCAAUUCUUAUGUUGAGGAAGAGUACGGAUAGUAUAGGACAGAAUGGGAUCACUUGUUAUCAGUGUGGUGAACAGGGUCACAAGUCCAUGAGAGCACCCACUCACUUCGCUAAGAAAAAGAAUGGUUCAUUGCGGUUAUGCAUUGAUUACCUCAAGUUGAAUAGGGUAAUUGUUAAGAAUAAGUAUCCGUUGCCUAGAAUAGAUGAUCUUUUUGACCAACUUAAGGGUUCUCAAUGUUUCUCCAAGAUAGAUCUAAGAUUGGGGUAUCAUCAAUUACGUGUGAAAGAGGAAGAUAUUCUGAAGACGACCUUCCAUACUCAAUAUGGCCACUAUGAAAUUCUUGUGAUACCAUUUGGUUUAACCAAUGCUCUUGCCACUUUUAUGGACUUGAUGAAUUGA